AUGGCCGCUUUCUACCAGCCUCUCUCACAGAGCUCCGAUCCAUCAAGAGGACGCUCGGACACGGUCAGCAGUCUGGGUGGCUUUGAAUUCCAGCAUGACUUGCUACCCUUGACACUGAGUGGAGAGGAUGGGACAGCGCAUCUUGUUGAGGAAAAGCACGUCGAGCUAUGGCAUGGAGUUGCCUUGGUAGUUGGUGCCCAAGUAGGGUCAGGGAUAUUUUCGUCGCCCGGAGUGGUUGUACAGGAGGUAGGGAGCGUAGGCGCAAGUCUGAUGGUAUGGGUCGUUAGCGGAGUCCUGGCAUGGACAGGCGCCAGCUCCUACGCAGAACUUGGCUGCGCCAUACCUGUAUCAGGAGGCAGUCAGGCUUAUCUCGCUUACGCUUUUGGACCUAUGGUUUCCUACCUGUUUACAUGGACUGCCGUAUCCGUCCUUAAACCCGGCAGCGCUGCCGUGAUUGCCCUCAUCUUUGGCGAGUACAUGUCUCGCCUCUUCUCCCAUAUACUAUCGACCGAAACGCCCGAAUGGGCCAUCACACUCACCGCCGUCUUCGCUGUCCUCAUCUGCUCCCUCCUCAACGCCGUCUCUCCUACCAUGGGUACCAACUCUGCCGUCGUGCUCACCUUCAUCAAGAUCUGUACUCUAGUCUUUGUAGCUGUGCUUGGUGUCAUCGCCCUUGUCAAGGAUGGACCUGGAGAGGGGUUGAAGCCUAGCAAAGUAUUUGAUGGUACGGUAGGCGAUCCCGGGAAUUGGGCUAUCGCUCUAUACUCUGGCCUAUGGGCGUUUGACGGCUGGGACUCUUGCUGCUAUGUUGCUGGCGAGAUGCGUGACACCAAUCGCGACCUUCCGCGGGCUCUUCACUCUUCGAUGGCUACCGUCCUCACCCUCUUCGUCUCUGCCAACCUCGCCUACUUCGUCGUCUUGGACCCUUCGGUCGUUGCUUCAUCGAAUACAGUGGCACUCGACUUUGGCAAGGCGUCAAUAGGAAAGUUCGGAGCAGUAGUCUUUACGACUCUGGUGGCUAUCAGCUGUUUCGGGGCGCUGAAUGGUGGACUUUAUACAACUGCGAAAUUGAUCUAUGCCGCUUCCAGGGAGCAUUUCCUCCCCUCGAUCUUUUCCAGACUCCACCCCAACAGACGAACGCCCGAUCAUGCCAUCCUCCUCAACAGCUCCCUCACGGUGCUCUUCAUUAUAUUUGGUGGUGGUUUUAGAGUGCUUCUCAACUUUCUUUCCGUCUCAGGCUGGACCUUCUAUCUCCUCACCGUCUUGGGUCUUCUCAUGCUUCGCGUCAAGGAACCUCAUUUGGCGAGACCCUACAAGACCUGGUUGAUUACGCCAAUGGUCUUUUGUCUGGUAGCGGCGUUCCUACUGCUCAUGCCAAUUUUUGCAGCCCCAUGGGAGGCUUUCGCGGCUGUUGUAUUCAUUGGGUCGGGGGUACCGAUGUACUACUUGACGGCGCGCUUGCGGGCACAAGGCGAUCGCGGAUACGCUGGCGAGACUGGAUGGAAUGCUAUCCAGGCUACCUUCACAGACGCCUGGAGCAGUUUCAGAUACGACAUCGACGGGCUGUUGUCCAAGCGCUGGGAGCGAUCGCAGAUAGAGAGACUAGAUGAUACGGGGGACGAGCAACAAGGGAUGCUGAGGGAAGAGGUCGAGAUGGCCGAGAGACGGUAG